AUGGAACAAUUCCCAAAUCGAUCAAUAAUUCGCCUCAAAAGCUUUAAAGAUAAAUACCUCUUUGCAGAAAAUGAUGAAGAAUCAGUUUCACAAUCUCGAGAUGGUUCAACAAGGAAUUCCCGUUGGAUUGUAGAGGUUGUUGAUGAAGAUUGUAUAUCCUUAAAAAGUUGUUUUGGAAAAUACUUAACCGCAUCAAAUAAACCAUCAAUUCCAGGAAUGAGAGCUCGAUUUCUUAAAGUUACUCAAACCCGACUAGGAAAUAAGUAUCCAAACGAUCAUAUGACAAUUAUCGACGAUUCCUUGAUCACCGGGAAAUGGAAUUCUGCCCUUCAAUGGGUCCCAUUGAUGUCCGAAGUUUAUCCUGAAGUUCGGUUAAAGACUCAUUAUGGAAACUAUUUACAAUCGAACAAAGGUCCACCCCCUUUAGGGAACAUGGUCACACAUGAUCUUCCUAGAAAAGAAGGACCUAUGAAUAAAAGAAUUUCAUGGCAAGUCGAAUUGGUGGAAGCACCUUCGGAUAUAUUCAGAGAAUCUGAAACGUUUAAAUCGAGAGUUACAUUUUAUGCUAAGACGUUUGUGUCGGAAUUGCAAAAGGGGAAGAAGAAAAUUAAGGGAUCUGCAAAAGGUAUGAUCAAGGACAAGAAGCCACAACAAUAG